AUGUGGAUUGAGUCCCGAUCGAUCCAGGGCCAUGUGGAUUAUCCAGGGCCAUGUCCCGAUGUGCCAAUGUGGAUCCGAUCCAGGGCCAUUGGAUUGAGUCCCGAUCCAUGGGCCAUGUGGAUUGAGUCCCGAUCCAGGGCCAUGGGCCGUGUGAUUGAGUCCCGAUCCAGGGCCAUGUGGAUUGAGUCCCCGAUCUCGCAGUUCGAGGUGGGGACGCUCACACACUACGUCUACGAGACCUCGGUGCUGCUGAACGAGCCCCAGGCGCUGCCGGUGUCCACGGCGAAGGAUGUGGGUUUCCGCGUCGAGCUCUCGGCCGAGGUCACCCCCGUGUGGCAGCACCCCGGCAACGCCCACGAGCAGAUCCUGCAGCUGACGAUCGUGGCCCCCAAGCUCUCGGUGAAGUCCCGCCAGGGGCCGACCCCGGGGGACUUCGCACACAAAUCGUCCAAGCUGGAACAGUACACGCUGCACCCGGUCUUCCUGCAUUGGAACAGCGGCCAGGUCGGGAAGGUGCACCACUUCGAGGGGGAGGAGGCUUCGCUGCUCAAUGUGAUGAAGGGCAUCUCCAGUCUGUUGCAGCAUCAGCUAAAGAAUGUGAAGCAGAGAGAGAUGGACUCGUCCGGAAAAUGUGAAGUGACCUACAACAUGGUUGACCCGACUCACGUCACAAAGUUGAAACGGAAUUGCAAAAACGUCAUUCCCGUACAGUUCUUCAACCAGACCAAUAAGGUCCUCGGUGCUGUGAUUGACAGUCACGCGACUGCUUCAUACGUGCUAAACCCGGAUGACAAAAUCAUCGAGAAAGCUACCUCUAUGGAGACCCACUUCCUGCGAGUGGAGGCACGGAAGCAGUCAGGCGCAGAGGUGAUGAGCAAGCAGAACCUCCAACUCAAGAGUCGCAGCAAAGUUAACAGCCCCAAAUACCCAGGAAACACAGCUGCCGAAGCAUUACGAUCCAUUGCCAAGAAGUUGAAGAAAUCGAUCGUCACAGAGCAACUCACAACUAAUCCUGAGGCAAAGGAGUGUAUUUCAUGCAAAUCGGGACUGAGGCGCGUGAGAGUGACCUGGAUACCAUCAAGGCGAUACUCAGAUAAGAAUGCCAAGAUUAUGCCACAGCUCCUCGACAUCUUGGCAGCAGCACAGACGAUUCCCUCGGCACAAGUUCCGUGCUCAACUUUGGUGGUCCGAACACCCGAGAGGUACCUGUUGAGUCUCUCCUUAGCGACGCAUCCUUCUGAGUUCAUCCUGCAAGAUUUAAUUAAACUUGCAAAGAAGGGUCUCAAUAAUGACAAGCUGUAUGAGACUCUUGUCCUAACUAUAGCUUCUGUCAGCCACACUUUCUGCAAAGUUUCCAACAAUUGCAAAAAGCCUAUUAUUACUGAUGUCCAGGAGUUUAUAACAAGUAAGUUGGAAAACUGCAAGAGUGAAGACUGUCAGCUGAUUUACAUCCGUGCUUUAAAGAACUUCAGGAAAGCAGAUACAAUGGAGACCCUCCUGAAGUAUGCAGAGGGCAAAGCACGCAAACCAGCAAUAUAUGCAACAAGAGCAUUGCAAACUAUGCCUAGUAGUUACAUAACAGAAAAGAUCCUGAAGAGUCUAGAGCGAGUCUUCUUGGAACUAAAUAGGCAGCACGACACUAGCGUUCGAGCCAUGGCAGCAGACAUCAUCUUGCAGCAUCAGCCCAGUGAGGAAUUCCUUAAGGCUCUGUUCCAUGUCAUGACCUCACACGAAACCAGAGAGCUGAACACCCUCUUGCUGGGGAGAGUUUCCGACUUAGCCAGAAAGGACGAACACUUGCAGAAGUUACUGAAGACUGUGCUAAAGACCUCAACUUUUAACAAUUACCACAUCCAUGGUCAAGGAGGAUUGUCAUCGGCAUUUUCAAGAAUGCUUGCUGAGGACAAAAGUGCCAACUCCUCCUUCAGCAACAUGCUCGAAAUCAAUGGGGGACUACUCAAGAGGUCUACAGUCGAUGUCUUUGUGAAUACUGAUGACUCUCAGAUGAGGCUUCUUUCUAUUGGCAUUUUCGCAGGUGGACUUUCUGUUUUUGGAGGAGAGGAUGCAGUCGAUGAUGGAGAGGAAGCCAAUGCUGGUAUCGAGAUGACCUUGAUGGACACACAGCUUCGACCAUUUGUGUUCUUCACUGGCCAAGGGGAGCUCAUGGGACAUGUAUGGGCUGGCACAGGGUCAGAGAAAACCACAGCACUCCAGGGCUCCUUGUUACUCCAAGACCACCUCCAGAUUGUCCCCCUACAGAAUGGUUUUAAUGCCGAACUCCUCCUCAAUGGUGCCAUAUCGUAUGACUUUUCUGGCCAAGUACAAGUGUCUCUCUGGAAUAGAAAUGCCCACAGUCUAGUAGAAGUGGGUGAGGCUAUGAUUGUCCAGGGCGUAGCCAGAGUAGACAGCUCCUUCGUGCAGACUCUCAUUGAGUUUAACUCGGGAGGACAGACACAGCUGAACUUCGUCACAGACCUCGAGUUCUAUGACGAAGUGAUUAUGUGUUUACAAAUGGUGCAACCCAACUUUGAGGUUGUGAACAACGUACGAAAGCUCGAGCGCAUUCCUGGAAGCAAUUAUGUGUUGCGUAAAUACAAGAAAAAUACAUCUCCUGUUCCCGGUAAAACAUAUGUAAUGAAUAAGAAAAAUACCGAACUAUGUAAUAAGAUGUUUAAUAAAUAGAUUGAUAUAUAUUUUUUUAACUAGCUUAUUUAGAUGCUGUAUCAGUCAUAGGAUAAAAGAAUCAUUGGUUUUGAUUUUUUUUUUUUUUUCUCUCUCGUUUUUAAAAAGACCUAG